GACUGAAGGGGCGGGAUGGCGUAGACGCCUCUGCCCACAGGACUCCACGACACGGACAGGCGCCAGGCUGCAGCCACUCGGUCGGGUCAUGGCUGGGGCGAGAGAGUCCCCUCGAAGGCCCUGAACCCCCCUGCACCGCCUCCAAGGGACAUCCCAGAAGUUAGCAUCAGUGGGACUUGGAAGCUCGAUCUCAACGAUCUCCCAGCUAUGGCUGGUGAUUCUAGGAAUGCUAUGAACCAGGAUAUGGAGAUUGGCGUCACUCCCUGGGACCCCAAGAAGAUUCCCAAACAGGCCCGCGAUUACGUCCCCGUUGCCACAGACCGCACCCGCCUGCUGGCAGAAGGCAAGAAGCCGCGCCAGCGCUACAUGGAGAAAAGCGGCAAGUGCAACGUGCACCACGGCAACGUCCAGGAAACCUACCGGUACCUGAGCGACCUGUUCACCACCCUGGUGGACCUCAAGUGGCGCUUCAACCUGCUCGUCUUCACCAUGGUGUACACCGUCACCUGGCUGUUCUUUGGUUUCAUCUGGUGGCUCAUUGCUUAUAUCCGGGGCGAUCUGGACCAUGUUGGUGACCAAGAGUGGAUUCCCUGUGUUAAAAACCUCAGUGGCUUCGUGUCUGCUUUCCUGUUCUCCAUCGAGACUGAAACAACCAUCGGGUAUGGCUUUCGGGUCAUCACAGAGAAGUGUCCAGAGGGGAUCAUCCUCCUUUUGGUCCAGGCCAUCCUGGGCUCCAUCGUCAAUGCCUUCAUGGUGGGAUGCAUGUUCGUCAAGAUCAGCCAGCCAAAGAAGAGAGCGGAGACCCUCAUGUUUUCCAACAAUGCGGUCAUCUCCAUGCGGGACGAGAAGCUGUGCCUCAUGUUCCGGGUGGGUGACCUCCGCAACUCCCACAUCGUGGAGGCCUCCAUCCGUGCCAAGCUCAUCAAGUCCCGGCAGACCAAAGAAGGCGAGUUCAUCCCUCUGAACCAGACCGACAUUAACGUGGGCUUCGACACGGGUGACGACCGCCUCUUCCUGGUGUCUCCGCUCAUCAUUUCCCACGAGAUCAACGAGAAGAGCCCCUUCUGGGAGAUGUCUCGGGUUCAGCUGGAGCAGGAGGAGUUUGAGGUCGUGGUCAUUCUAGAAGGGAUGGUGGAGGCAACGGGCAUGACUUGCCAAGCACGGAGCUCCUAUAUGGAUACAGAGGUACUCUGGGGCCACCGAUUCACACCAGUCCUCACCUUGGAAAAAGGAUUCUAUGAGGUGGACUACAACACCUUCCAUGAUACCUAUGAGACCAACACACCGAGCUGCUGUGCCAAAGAGCUGGCGGAAAUGAAGCGGGAAGGUCGGCUCCUCCAGUACCUUCCUAGCCCCCCGCUGCUGGGGGUCUGUGCCGAGGCAGGGCAGGAUGCAGAGGCUGAGCAGGACAGAGAGGAGGAGCCUGAGGGGCCAAGUGUGUCCCGGAAGACCAGAGGCUUGGUGUGAGGGCUGCACUGUCCUCACGCCUUCCCCUCACUGGCUUCCAGGAGCACAGACAGAUGCUGCAGAGCCCAGCAGGGGUGCGGGGAGAGGAGGGAAACAGCUGAGUGUGCUGUUCUGUGGGGAGGGACAGCACACCCAGCCACACACAGCCCUCACACUUGCCAGCACAGGGUCUCACUGAGCAGGUAGUGUCCUGCCUGGGGCCCCGCUGGGGCUGCCUCUGUGGGCACUGGCUAAGUGCCAGGCCAGGUCAGGUUUCCCCACAGUGAAUGGUACAGGGUGACUCUGUCCUC